UCAUGCGGGUGAAGCCGCGGGUAAAAGCUUGUAGUAAAAUCAAAGGUAGAGCGCAACCGUGGAACUCACGGCGUUGCUAAGCUACGGUUGCCCGGCUGUACGCAUCCUAAUCAUAAUGUUUGUAUUUUAUUUUUAUUGUGCAUUUAUUAUGAAAGUAGAAAUGUCGCACUACGGCGUAACGUGGCAACGAGCCCUGCAUCGGCACAAAGGACGCCGAGCGACUCCAAAACGUUACUGCAUUCGGUCGUUAAUUAACUAAUGGUGAGCUGUGUGGGUGUUGAGUAACCGCAUAUGGACAACGGAGUAACAAUGGUGUGAAAAUGUCAGAUAGCGAAGAAAGUGACGGAGAAGGAGGCCUCGGUAACCUAAGCAGGCAGAUCAUCAGGCCUCCUGGCCAGAGCGGGAAGGCCAAGCGAGGCCAGCUGUGCUUCGACGCAGCCUUCGAGUGCGGAAACUUGGGCCGUGCCGACCACAUCAGCGAGUUGGAGUAUGACCUGUACGUGCGGCCUGACACCUGCAGGCCAAGAGCGAGGUUCUGGUUCAACUUUACCGUUGAGAAUGUGAAGCAGGAUCAGAGGGUAAUAUUUAAUCUGGUAAAUCUGGGCAAAGAUCUCACCUUAUUCAACGGUGACAUGACACCAUUGGUGCGCUCUACAUCGCGUCCCAAAUGGCAAAGAAUCCCCAGGCGUUUGGUCUUUUACCACCGUUCCCUCGCACAUCGAGGAAGGAGGAUCCUAAGCAUUGCCUUCGCAUUCGACCGCGAAGAAGACGUGUACCAUUUCACUGUAGCGGCGCCCUACUCGUACUCCAGACUCCAAAAGUACCUGGCGGUUUGGGAGAAGAAAGCACAGGCCUUUGCAACGAGAGAGUCCAUAGCUGAGACUACGCAAAAGCGUCGAAUAGAUUUAGUGACUAUAGGAAAUUUUGAGUUCAAAGAGACUGAUCUUAAAGAGGAGCAACCUGUUAAAGGUAAAGUGGUAGAGCCAAAGAAAAGGGUUGUCCUCAUCAUCGCCCGAGCACAUGGGGGCGAGCCACCGGCGUCUUUCAUUUGUCAAGGACUACUGGAUUACAUGGUGAGCUCAUCUGAAAAAGCUGCAGCUCUACGAAAUGGUAUAGUCAUACAGGUGGUGCCAAUGCUAAACCCCGAUGGUGUGUUUCUGGGCAAUCAACGAGCAGAUCUCCUGGGUUCGGAUCCAAACCGGUGCUGGAACCGCGCCACCACUUAUGCACACCCCGCUCUGAUCGCGGUCAAGGACCAGCUGAACAAGCUCAACUCUGAAAAGUCCGUACAGUUGGAUUUCAUCAUUGAUCUGCACGCAGAUAUUAGCAGCGAAGGUGUUUUUGUGCGUGGAAAUUCAUACGACGAUGUUUAUCGUUUCGAACGCCACGCAGUGCUCCCAAAGUUCCUGGCAGCUCGGGUGGAAGCGUGGCAGCCGGACUAUUGCCUAUACAACGCGGAUCCUCUCAUGGUGGGCACCGCUCGCCGCGCGUUGCCAACAGGCAGCAUCGACGCCUAUUCCAUACUGGCAUCACUGGGCGGCCGCAGACUCGCGCCUCGUGGGCCAUUCAUACACUACACGGAGGAUGCUUACUCUAAAAUAGGCAAGUCGGUGGGCAAAGCUCUAUGCGAUUACUACAGACACAUAGGAGUGAUCCCUCCCAGGGUUGGGAAGAAUAAGAAAAAAGACCCAAGAGGACGCAGGCGUCGGAGAAGGCCAGUCAUUGAACGAGAGAGAUCUCCGAGCUCAUCUCCCGAACGACGAGCCGUCCGGCCGAGGAUCCUGUCUCCGCCGCUGCCGCCCGCGUCGCCGCCGCCGCUGCGCGCGCUACUGCCGCGCAUGUCACGUCACACCGCCAUGAAGCGACGGCCGCGCACCAUGCCCGACUACGACAAUGUGCUGCCUGUCAUAACUGGCAUAGGCGUAAGGACCCCUCGUCUGGCAGUAGUGGACAUGAGCGCUUACAUCCAGACCCCGAAGGUGCGCUCCUACGCGCCGCACAAGCAGCGGCCGCGGCUGGCCCGCCCCCCGCGNUAG